AUGGGGGCUCCUGUUGGCAGGACUUGGUUGUACAACCUUACAGUUUCUUGUCUCUCGUGCUGCAUUUACCACAUCAUAUUUGAUUUCCCCUGCGAGGGGAGAUCACCCACCUUUUGGCUUCCAUGUGGUGGAAGGGCAGAUCACCCACCUUUUGGCUUCCAUAUGGUGGAAGGGCAGAUCACCCACCAUGUGGCUUCCAUGUUGUGGAAGGGCAGAUCAUCUACCUUUUGGCUUCCAUAUGGUGGAAGGGCAGAUCACCCACCUUUUGGCUUCCAUGUGGUGAAAGGGCAGAUCACCCACUAUGUGGCUUCCAUAUGGUGGAAGGGCAGAUCACCUACCUUUUGGCCUCCAUAUGGUGGAAGGGCAGAUCACCCACCUUUUGGCUUCCAUGUGGUGAAAGGGCAGAUCACCCACAUUUUGGCUUCCAUGUGGUGGAAGGGCAGAUCACCUACCUUUUGGCUUCCAUGUGGUGGAAGGGCAGAUCACCCAACUUUUGGCUUCCAUGUGGUGGAAGGGCAGAUCACCCAACUUUUGGCUUCCAUAUGGUGGAAGGGCAGAUCACCUACCUUUUGGCCUCCAUAUGGUGGAAGGGCAGAUCACCCACCUUUUGGCUUCCAUGUGGUGAAAGGGCAGAUCACCCACCUUUUGGCUUCCAUGUGGUGGAAGGGCAGAUCACCCACCUUUUGGCUUCCAUGUGGUGGAAGGGCAGAUCACCCAUCUUUUGGCUUCCAUGUGGUGGAAGGGCAGAUCACCCAACUUUUGGCUUCCAUGUGGUGGAAGGGCAGAUCACCCAACUUUUGGCUUCCAUGUGGUGGAAGGGCAGAUCACCCAACUUUUGGCUUCCAUGUGGUGGAAGGGCAGAUCACCCAACUUUUGGCUUCCAUGUGGUGGAAGGGCAGAUCACCCACAAUGUGACUCUAAUUUCUGCUGAUCAUGCACAGUUGAUUCCAACUUCCAAUUUUGUGCACCCUGUAAUUUUUGCGAAGCUGUUUUAUUUGUGCUUAUCAACCAAUGUGUCCCUGAACACCAGAUCUUCCCAGACACUCCAGAACAACCUGGAAUCCCCAAAAGGUCUCCAAGGUCAGACUCACUUGGGCCUUUUCAUCACAGAUUGUAUAAAAUUUCAGCUAGGUUAGUUUUACAGACACUCACUUUCAGGCUGUCAAGUACAUGCAUGUGCAGCAACUUGUCUUCUAGUCACUACCCAGUAAUAGUUGUCAACAUUUUAUUGUCUAUUGGGACAAAUCUGUUCUUUCUUGAUGUCGUGGGACCUAUAACCUUUAAUUUUUGUCAUAUAACACUUGCUUCAUGUACGUUCAGAGUUAUAUCCCCUGCUCAUGACAGGAUCAAGGUUGUGAUGUUGCCACGGUCAGCAGAGGUGCAACCAGCACAUUGUUUCAUGGUUACAUUUAUAUUGUAUUAUUCAGUAGCCAGUGUCAUCUCAUGAGUGAUAUAUAUAUGUGGCAUUGCCUUCUUGUUGAGUGGAGUUCCAUCUGUACAGGAAAACAAUUUGAAUCCAAAAUCUCCUUUCUGGUAUGUCAGAUAUAUUUAGAUAUUGAAUAAAAGGCUAUUGCAUGUCAGUGUUUUAUGCAUGCAAGCAAUAGUGUUUGAACUGGAUGCUGUGUUUUGCAAGUGAGCAGUGUCGAACAGUCACGGCCUUAUGAUGAGGAACGUCAGCACGAUGUGAAGAUGUCCUCCUUCUCUAUGUAAAUCAAUCAGUCAUCUCAGUGGGAUGUGUGCUUAACAAGUGAAAUGAAGAUAUAUUUUGGUUAUAGGCAGAAUGUGUGAAAGUUGUGUUUGUUUGGAGCUGGCCAAAUGGCUCUGCACACACUCUUGUACAGAUCUUCAGACAGAGCAGCAAUGUAGUGAGACUAGCAAGGAGGUUCAGGCUGAUACAAUGUUCACUUUCAUGCUUAAACAUCAAGUCUUCAGAAUAUCUAUGGGGACUUUGGGAAUGGCCUAUUUGGCAAUAGGAAGAAUGAGAGACUGGCUAUCGUGGAAAAGACUGUAGUGAAAUAGAACAGUUUGUGUGCCCUCUUCCAACGGCAAUGUGUGUUUCUAGGUAGUGGGGCUGUGUUCACUGUGAUAUAUGACCAUUGUCAGCUCAUCAAGGAAGUGAAGGAAGAACACGCGGUCACAAUAUUGGUUGCUUUCACAUAACCCCUGUAACUUUCAUUUGUAUUUAUAUGUUUUCAAACAAUAUUGUUGAUGGUGUUAUUUGUGGCAGAGAAAUAUAUAUGCUUUGGAUAACAAUGUUCAAUAGAUUCUAACAUUUUGAGCAUCCUUGUACUGUGGGUUUUCGGACAUUUCAGAAACAAUUGUUAUUAUCUUUCUAAUCAUAUGAAUGACUAUAAAACGCUCACGAACUUAUAAAAGGUGACUUUAUCCUGAAGAAUUUACAAUGUAUGUGACACACCACUAAUUAUAACUCCAGCUAGCACUGCCGUCCGAAAACCUAUGAUGACAACAUUAUUACUUGUGACAUUAGAACUCAACAUUCUAACUUACAUUGCCAUGGUAACAGAUGUUGACUACUUGAGACAUACUAGCUUACAUUGCCAUGGUAACAGAUGUUGAGCAAAGCAAGUGAUGCAGAUGCUAAUACAAGUCUAGAUCUGUUUAUUGUUGAUGGUGACACAUUCUUAAUUUGAAUUAAAAUGUGACCAUAUGAA